GCGGGAGGAGAAACCAAAGCCGGGCUAGGGAUUGACCUGCGACGCCAUGGAGCUGAUAGGUGCGCACACCGCGAUCAGAGCGACCCUUGUGUUUCUGCUGCCGCUCCUCUUCUCCUCCGUGGGGGAAGCGCAGCAGCCCACAGCUGCUGCGAGAGAAUAUUACAUAGCAGCUGUGGAAAUCGGCUGGGACUAUAUUUACCUGGACGAUGCUGCCCCAACGUCCGACCAAAGGAGGAGAUCCAGAGAAAUUCCCCAAAAAUAUAUAAAGGCAGUUUAUAGGGAGUAUACAGACUCCACAUACAGUGAACCCAAGCCGAGACCAGCUUGGAUAGGUAUUCAAGGCCCCGUGAUCGUAGCAAAGGCGGGUGAAAGAGUGGUGAUUCACUUCAAGAACCUGGCCUCUCAGCCCUACAGUAUCAGCCCUGUUGGGAUCACCUACUGGAAACAGUCUGAAGGAGCCGGGUAUGAUGACGCGACAGCAGGCCAGGAGAAGGAGGAUGAUGCCGUCGCUCCGGGAGGAUACUAUGAGUACGUGUGGGACAUCAGCCCUAAGGACGGCCCCACCAUCAACGACCCCGAUUGUCUCACCUACACGUACUCCUCCCAGGUGGAUACAGUCCGGGACGUCAACUCGGGGCUCAUCGGUGCCCUGCUCAUCUGUAAAUCAAGUGCCUUCAAAGAAGACGGGCAGAGGAGAAACCCAGCGUUCGUCCUGCUGUUCGCUGUGUUCGAUGAGACCAAGAGCUGGUACGGACAGGCUGGAGAGAGGAUGAGCAGAGAUAAGUUCAAGAAGAGCAACAGCAGGAAGGAAUACCACACCAUCAAUGGAUAUAUCAACUCUACCUUACCUGGUUUGACAAUGUGUCAGAGCCGUAAUCCCGUGUCUUGGCAUAUGAUUGGGAUGGGCACAGCUCCAGAAAUCCACUCCAUUCAGUUCCAGGAUCAUACUUUGCAGGUAUUGACCCAUCGUAAAGUCACCGUGGAGGUGACCUCUAUGACCUUGAUCACUGCAGAAAUGAGACCCACUACUGCAGGCCGCUUCCUUAUCAGCUGUCAGAUACACGCUCACCGCCACGAUGGCAUGGACGCAUUGUUCACAGUGGAUGAAAAAUGCCCUGAGCUGGUCGCUCUGCCGCCACCUGAUCUCCGCAACGUCAAAGAAAACUACGACUACGGGGAGGACAGCAAUGAAGACAGUUUGUUCAACACCAUCAGCUUUCACCCCAGAAAGCCACAAGUGCAAGCCAGAUCCAGCAGAGGACAGCCCAGAACCUGGAAGCAUUACAUUGCCGCUGAAGAGGUCACCUGGGACUAUGCUCCUCAUCUCGAACCCACAGACAAUGAAUUGCAGUCCAGAUAUUUCCCUGCAGCUCCCCAUCACUUGGGCUACAAGUAUAAAAAGGUUGUGUAUGUGGAAUACACAGAUGGAUCUUUCACUCAGAGGAAGCCGACCACAACACUGCCGGGUCCUAUUUUGAAAGGAAGGGUCAACGAUCACUUCCAUAUCAUCUUUAGAAACCUGGCUGAACGUCCUUUCAAUAUCUAUCCCACUGGCCUUACCAAGAUCUCUCUCCGGCAGAGAUCUAAAAACGCUGCAGACAAGGACUUACGGACAAUGGGAGUGCCCCCCAAUGGGACAUUUGAGUACAUUUGGAGUAUAACAACAGAUGAUGGGCCUUUGGAAGGUGACCCCUCUUGUUUGACCCAGCUGUAUCAGAGUACCAUCUCCCCGGAGAGAGACUUGGCCUCCGGGCUGGUCGGCACCCUGCUCAUUUGCAGGCCCAACACCAUCAAUCUGAGAGGACAACUGGUGGGAUCAGAUAAGAUGUUGAGCCUGAUAUUUGCAGUGUUUGAUGAGAACAGAAGUUGGUACUUCAAUGAAAACAUGCAAUCGUCCAGCCAAAACUUGUCUUACACCACAGACCCUGAAUUCUAUAAAUCCAACGUUAUCUACAGUAUAAAUGGCAUCAUGUUCAGCAAGCGUCAGUUUGUCAUGUGUCAGACCGAUGUCACCUUCUGGCAUGUGGCAAAUGUUGGAACUCGGAGUGACUUCCUCUCUGUCUACUUCACUGGAAACCUGUUUGAGUACGAAGGCCUCCACCAAUCUGUCCUCACCCUCUUCCCAAUGACUGGUGUAACCGUUCCCAUGGAGGCCGAGCUGAUUGGUGAGUGGGAGAUCAGUGCCUUUGAUAGCAACCUCAAGAGUCGGGGUAUGAGCAUCCGUUACACCGUUCGAGCCUGCGGCAACGGACACCUCCCUAUAGUCGACCAUGACAGCGAUGAAGACGAUAUCUCUGACUACAUUGACGAAUUAGGUUUCCAGCCGAGGGGCGUAAGGGCUCAGAAUGACACAGUGUUGGUUCGAAUGUGCAAGAAAAUCCUCAAUAAUACAGAUGGUCAAACUAGGCAAGCAUGUCGGCUGAAGAGAGUGAAAGUGGCACCUCCUUCAGACGAAGGAAUCCCAGCGGAUAUCUUGGAGGAAAUAGAAAGAGAUGCCGAGAAUCAGACUGAGGCUGGACGCGGCACAGGUGUCAGGGAGAGGAGAGAGGCGGAGGGAAACUGGACAGAUGGAGAGAUAAGUUCAGGGUCUUUAGAAGAUGGAGACGCCGCACUGAAAAUUGUAGAAGAAGUUGUGGAAAACAUAACUGACACUGAUGUGGAAGUGGCAGCUGAGGAAAGGGGUGAAACGUCAAAUGGAAAGAAUGGAACGACGGCAGAAACCGAAGAGAGCAAUGACAUCUUACUGAACAGCGAGCCGCUGCUGAGCCCAGAGGACUCAGUGGAAGAAAUAAACAACUCGGAAGACAUCGAUCACAAUUUAUUACCUGAAGACCGCAUCCAGGUGGAACGUGAGCGGCUUACAAGGCAUCUGGAAUACAACUAUACUGCUGCGAACGCAUCGAGGAUCGAUCUGUCCCUCGAGUAUGACGACUACAGUGAAGAGACGAACAGCACAGAAGAUAUAUUUGAGACGGAUUAUAUAAACAUGCGUUCUGGAGGGGAGAGACCUCCCCACUACUACUACAUUGCUGCAGAGGAGAUCACAUGGGACUAUGGCAUCAGAAAACCACACCAGUUCAUAAAACCCAGAGAGAUGCGUAGAGGAAUGAGGAAGUUCCUGCCAGAGUAUAAGAAGGUGGUGUACCGAGCUUACAGGGAUAAAGACUUCAAGUAUCCUGUGGGCAGAGGAGAGCUUCAGGAACACCUGGGAAUUUUGGGACCUUUCAUCAGGGCGGAGAUAAAUGAUCUCCUUACUGUGACCUUUAAGAACAAUGCGUUCAGACCUUACUCUUUCAACCUUCAUGGAGUGUAUGACCGAAGUCAGGGGGCCGGCCAUGCCCAAACCAGUUCCUCGUCUGCUCCAGUCGGGGUCCCAGGAGAGCCUGUGGAACCUGGAGAAGUCCGGACUUACAACUGGAAAAUAACCAAGACACAAGGACCCACUGACUCCAAAUUUGACUGCAAGACUGGGGCUUACUACUCCACUGUGGACAAGGAGAAGGACCUUCAUUCAGGUCUGAUCGGGCCAUUGGUGAUAUGUAGACCCGGGACACUCCAGACUGCACUUCACACACAGCCAGACAUCCAGGAGUUUGCCUUGCUCUUCCACACCUUUGAUGAGACUAAAAGCUGGUACAUGGAGGAGAACCUGCAGCGAUACUGUGCCCCUCCUUGUCAGGCCAACACCGAGGAUCCCUGGUACCACCUCAGCAACAAGUUUGCAGCUAUAAAUGGUUACGUGGCGGAGACUCUUCCUGGUUUAGUGGUCGCCCAGCACCAGCUAGUCAGAUGGCACCUCCUGAAUGUGGGAGGCGACACAGAGUACCACGCGGUGCACUUCCAUGGUUUGCCUUUCACUAUUCACACUAAAGAAGAACAUCGUAUGGGCAUCUACAACCUCUUUCCUGGUGUGUUUGGCAUGGUGGAGAUGAGGCCGCCCACAGUUGGCACAUGGCUCGUGGAGUGCACUAUUGGAGACUACCAGCUGGCUGGCAUGAGAGCUAAACUAUUGGUCUAUAAUCCACGAUGUGCCAUACCUCUGGGAAUGAAAUCAGGAAGGAUUGAGGACUACCAGAUCACAGCAUCAGAUCACAUAGGUAAGUGGGAGCCGAGUCUGGCGAGGCUGGAUCAGUCUGGUUAUAUCAACGCGUGGAUGGGCACAAACAAGAUGUCGUGGAUACAGAUUGACCUUCAGAGGCCCACCCUGCUGCAUGGUGUUCAGACACAGGGAGUGAGUUCAAAGUUUAGGGACCACUACAUCACUCACUUCACCGUCUCCUACAGCCUGGACAAGGAGACGUGGACAACGUACAGAGGAAACAGCAGCAGGAAGUCUACCAACUUUCAUGGGAACCUGGACAGCUCCAGGGUGAAAGAGAAUCGUUUCUCCCCACCAUUUGUGGCUCGCUACGUCAGGAUUGAAGCACUCAGCUUUGUGCAAAAGCCCGCUCUCCGCCUGGAGCUUCUGGGUUGCGAUCUCAACAGCUGCUCUCUCCCUCUUGGACUCCAGAGGAUGAUUCCCGACAGAAGCUUUACUGCCUCCUCAUUUCAAUCAUCCCUGCUCCGUACCUGGAGCCCCAGCCUCGCCCGCCUUCACCAGGAGGGUAGUGCCAAUGCCUGGAGGCCAAAGAACAACAACCCCCAUGAGUGGCUGCAGGUUGACUUGGGGAACAUCAAACGAAUCACAGGACUCAUCACCCAAGGAGCACGAUCGCUUCUCACCCAGAUGAUGGUGACUGAGUUCUCAGUCACCGUCAGUCACGAUGGGCGCGCUUGGAGCAGUGUGUUGGAGGAGAGCUCCCAGAGAGAAAAGAUCUUCACGGGAAACAACGACCCGGACGAGGAAGCCCUCACCGUUUUUGAUCCUCCUCUGUUUGGCCGGUACCUCCGCGUCCACCCUCGUGGCUGGAUCAAUGACAUCGCACUGCGCAUGGAGGUGCUGGGCUGUGACACGCAGCAGGGUGUCUGACGGCACCGAACGAAACGCACCAGCAGUAAGCAGCAGCAUUUUAGUAGCAGUGAAGGGUUUAAAGUUGCUUUUAGUUUGUGAGAAAUUGCUACGCAGAGCACUUGUUAUAUUUAAACUACCUGAGAGAAGCUAUUUUUUGUUUACAUAGUUUUAUUUUUUUGCAAGUGUGGAAUUUGAUCACUUUAUUAAUAUUCUUUGUAAAGGACAUACUUUUGUUUGAGGUUGUAAUAAAAUUGAUGUUACUGGGGAAAAAGAUAUUAUUUAAAGUGCCACUUUUAGCUGAGCUCUACUGUAUUUACCUUUGUACCACAAGUAUGUAAAUAUUUCAGACUGGAGGUAUGCUUUGACUGGUUGUUGUCACUGGAAAAAAAUUGUGCUUUAAUAAACUUUUUCAGUUACAUUA